UUCCAAUGCAAAACAUGCCACAAGAAGUUAUCAUCUGCUUACUCUUUGAAGCAGCACACAAGGAAGCAUACAGGUGAUUGGUUGGUUGAUAUAUACAAAUGUAAGAAGUGUUUGUAUGCAGUGAAGUCGAAGAAGUUGUUGGAGGAGCACAUUAAGAACAGGCACAACCCUAACAAGCCACGCAACCACAUCUGUGAUGUCUGCGGCAAGGGUUUCAUUGUAUGCAAUCAACUCAAAAGGCAUCUACUUAUGCACACUGGACAGAAAGAUUUUAGAUGUCCUUAUUGUUCAUACGCCACCUAUGUCAGUCACAAUCUUAAGAAGCACUGCAUGAAUAGGCAUGCC